UAUUGUAUAAACAAAAAAAAAAUACAAAAGAGAAUUGUGCCCAAAACAAAGCAGUAAAGCCAAACUUUAUCGUCGGCAUAUAGUUAAUAGCGUUAGUAAUAAAUAAUUGUGCCAAUCGUAAAAAGAUGUCUUUAAUUAACAGAGAAUUUGAUCGAAGUUUGGUUGGAGAGUUUGCACCAUAUGAUGAACAAAAGCAUCUUCAAUACAUGCAAAAGGAACCAAACUUCAAGAAUGAAACUGCAAAAAUCAAGCGGUGUUUUGGUUAUUCUGAAACUUCACCGGAUGACACCGAACUACCAAAUUAUAUUCAAUUGAAGAAAUCCAUAGACGUAGAACGAUUUUCUAAAGAUAAUUUAUUAACAUGUUGUCGAGUUUGUUUAGCGUCCUGUAAUUCAAGCAUGUUAUUUUUGUUCGAUGCUGAAAACGAGAAUCAACGAGGCCGUGAAGAAGCAUCAUUGAUAGAUAAAUUGAAUUAUUGUUCGUGUUUCGCAACAAAAGCAUCUGUUGAUGAUCAACUACCCCAGUAUAUUUGCACGAGUUGUUCGAUUCUCAUUGAGAAUGCUUAUGAAUUAAAGAUGUUAUGUGAGAAGACUGAAGAAAGAAUCCGGCAGCUUGACCAUCCAUUCUAUUUAUGUGAUAUUAAAAUGGACAUAGAUGAAAAUACAGAUAACAUUGAAGAAGACGCCGUUCCUGUAGCGGAAGAAUGCAUUCCAACCGUUGAAUUGAAAAGCGAUCCAAACCUAUUAGAGACGAAGAAAGAGGUCCAAAUUGUUGACAUCAAUGCAAUACGAAUACAGAAAAACUUUCAAUGUGAUAUAUGCGGUGAUGAGUUUUCGCAUAAACAAAGUGUUCGUAGUCACAUCAUGGCAAAGCAUGUACAUAAAGGAAAAAAACCAUUUCAAUGUACCGAAUGUGGCAAAUGUUAUCGUUUAAAAUUCUCCUUGAAAACUCACAUGCUCUGUCACAGCGGCGAACGACCAUUUGUUUGUGAGGUUUGCGGAAAAUCGUUUAGGGCAUGUGGCACUUUGAGCCGUCAUCGUAUCGUGCACACUGAUUCAAAGGACUUUAAAUGCUCAAUUUGUGCAUUCAUCACGAAUACCAAGGCCAAUUUAAAUAUUCACGAGCGCAUACACAGUGAGGUACUUCGAUAUGCAUGUCAACAUUGUCCGAUGAAAUUUCGAACCUCAAGCAACGCAGCUAAACACACGCGAAACGUUCAUGAAAAACAAAAACCAUACAAAUGCGAUGUAUGUGACCGAGUGUUUUUCAAUCGACAAUCACAACGAGCGCACAGCAUAACGCACACAGGACUAAAACCAUUUUAUUGUGUUCAAGAAGGAUGCUUGUCCAUGUAUGCAAUGUACAAAAGUCUCAAGAAACAUGUUCGAAAUCAACAUUCGAACGAAAACGUUAAGAUUCCACGCGAAAAAUUCUUCUUUGAUAAACUAAAUGGCAUUUUAUCUUAAUAGACUUUAAUCACAAGCUGACUGAAAUA